GCCCGUUCGGGUCACGUGGCGAGGCCGCGGCCACGGCCGUCACCGCUGUGGGCGGCUGCACUUGGCCGCCGCCGUGCCCCUCCCACGCCUGGGUGGGCCCGGCCCUGGCUCCUACUCCCCACGGCGGCCACCCCUGCUGCCUUCCUGUCCCCUCGGGCGUUGGGGGGUCGGGCAGAGCAGGACAUGGGUGACCGGAAGUGGGAGUUGUGAGUGUCGCAGCCCGGGGCGGGGAGGGCCCAGGCGCUGUCGGGCCUCCGCGACUCACGCAUGGAGAGUGCUGGGCGUCGGGCUGCGGACCGACCGCUAACCGGGACGCACGGGCUCUGCUGGGCAGAGGCUGUGCUGAAGCGACCGGCCUCUUCGGGCGCGGGAACAUGAGGCCAGGCCCGGACCCCGCUGCGGGAGUGGCGCGCGGUGUGCGGGCCUGCCCGGGUCGCGGGUGAACGGCGCGGCGCCCCGGGACUCGCCCGUCGUUGUUGGCGGCGGCAUGGUCUUCUGUCUGGAGAACGAGGAAGCGCGCCGCCCGCUGGGAAGCACCAUGGUCCAAUUCCAGGCCUCUGAAGUCCAGCAGCUGCUACACAACAAGUUCGUGGUUAUCUUGGGGGACUCAAUCCAGCGGGCUGUGUACAAAGACCUGGUGCUUCUGCUCCAGAAAGACUCACUGCUCACAGCCGCCCAGCUGAAAGCCAAGGGGGAGCUGAGCUUUGAACAGGACCAGCUGAUGGCUGGGGGUCAGCUGGGUGAGCUGCACAACGGGACACAGUACCGAGAGGUCCGCCAGUUCUGCUCGGGUUCUGGCCACCACCUUGUACGCUUCUACUUCCUCACCCGCGUUUACUCCGAGUACCUCGAGGGAAUCCUGGAGGAGCUGACAUAUGGGCCUGCCCCGGACCUGGUGAUCAUCAACUCCUGCCUCUGGGAUCUCUCCAGGUAUGGCCGCUGCUCGAUGGAGAGCUACCGAGAGAACCUGGAGCGGGUGUUCAUGCGCAUGGACCAGGUGUUGCCAGACUCCUGCCUGCUGGUGUGGAACAUGGCAAUGCCCCUAGGAGAGCGUGUCACUGGGGGUUUCCUUCUGCCUGAGAUGCUGCACUUUAUCACUCAGCUCCAGCCCCUGGCAGGCUCUCUGCGGCGGGAUGUGGUUGAAGGGAACUUCUACAGCGCUACACUGGCUGGGGACCACUGCUUCGAUGUCUUGGAUCUCCACUUUCAUUUCCGGCAUGCAGUACAGCACCGUCACCGGGACGGUGUCCACUGGGACCAGCAUGCCCACCGCCACCUCUCACACUUGCUUCUGACCCACGUGGCUGAUGCCUGGGGUGUGGAGCUGCCAAAGCGUGACUAUCCCCAUGACCCAUGGAUUGAGGACUGGCCAGAGCCGGAUCAUCUCUUCCAGGGGAGCCAGGGGCAGACCCCAGCCUUCAGGGAGCAGCUGGCCUUGCCCCCACCCUCUCCUUUACCCCUUCCCAUGCAUUUUCCCUACCCUCUUCCUCAGCCCUCCCCACCUCCUCUGUUUCCACUCCUGCCCCAGGAUCCCCCUUUUUUCCCAGGCCAGCCCUUCCCACCCCAUGAAUUCUUCAACUUUAAUCCAACAGAAGACUGCUCGAUGCCACCCCACUUAGGAUGUAGCCCCGCAGUGAACUUUGUGCCUGGCCCCCUGCCUCCUCCAGUCUCCAGCCCUAUCCCCCAUGGUCAGCACCGGGGCCUGGCCGUCCACCGGGGGAUGCCACGCUGUAUUCACACCAGCCCCUACCACAUGCCAAGGACAGGGGCACCCUGCAGGCAGCGUCCCAGACACUCAGACAGGCUGAUCCAUACAUACAAACUGGACAAAUGGCCUCCUCCCCAUUCGGGGACGUGGCCUGGGUAGAGUGGAUCUUAUGCUGGAGCUGAAUGUGCCAGUGGCCCUGCAGUGCCUGCUUCCCACCCCAGGUGCUGGGCCAGGGUAUCUUGCUAUGCCUGGCAUUGUUGUUGUCCAUUGCUGUCACCAAUAAAGGCAUGGAAGAACAGAGUAGCAUC